AUGGGAGGGUCUGGCAAAAUUAAUCAUUUGAUUAUUACGGCUCCGGUUGCUCGGUUCGAGGAAGUCGUCCAGUGGUACACCAAGACAUUGUCUCCGUUGGGGUACAUUGAAAUUCAUCGCUUUCCCGGGGUAGUUGGGCUUGGCCCCGAUGGCCAUGCUGACUUCUGGAUCUCUGCGAAGGAGACUUGGACCAAGAGCCCCAUUCACAUCGGGUUUACUGCUUCUGAUCAUGCGACAGUUGAUGCAUUUCACAAGGCAGGUGUUGAUGCAGGGGGUGAAUGCCAUGGACCUCCGGGCCUGCGACCUCACUAUCAUGCAAACUACUACGGGGCCUUUUUACUUGAUCCCCUCGGAAACAAUAUUGAAGCUGUCGAUCAAGGUGUUGCAAGUGAACAGUAG